AAAGUUCUCUCUCUCCUAAAUGGAGGCAGCCUCUUAUUUCAGUAAGUAAAAACCAAAAAUUGACCCAGUGCAGGAGAACAAAUUCAUCUGUUCAUACAGCACCCGGACUCUGAAUGGUUGAGCAUUAAGCAGGGCUGUGUAAAGAGAUUUCUUUCUAGAAGCUUCUUCUGCUUUCCUAGAAAGGUUGCAUACGACAUGCUUUGGUUUCAUACUCCUCACAUUGUUUAGCAAAGCAACACUGGAAAAAAAUGAUUCCUGAAUGUGGGGUUACACAUUUAACUUGCCCUCUCUGCAGUCACGUCAGCAUCACGCUGUAUGGUUUGUGAGUAAGCCUGUUUGCAUGCUCACACCUCAUGAGGCCUUGGGUUUUCACCAGCAGCAGCCAUUCGUGGCAGUUAAGUUCUUUCCCCCCCCCCCCCCCCCCCCCCCAAAAUGAACCCUUUUCAGCCUCGUGGCACCCAGAGGCUGCAGCUCCAGUGGCCUCCAGGUGUUUGGCCAAAAGCAGGGGGCAUCUUUGAUCCUUGGAGUCACACUCAUGGGCUGCACAGAGCAAUGGUGUGACAAGAGAACGUGUUAUCAAGGGGGAAUGGUGGCUGCAGCUCUGCCUGCCAGUCUGUUGGACUCAGGGUGUAGCAGAGUAAGGAGCAGUUCGUUCUUUCCAUCCUCCAAAUGUAAACCAUUAAUUUUCCUUGUAGUGUUGUCUGUACUGGACAUUGAAGUUUCUUGAUGGUGAUGUAAGAGAACGUAGAGUGCUUUGGAGUGUUGUGUAGUGCAGCCUUUAAUUGAAAGAUGCACGGGUGGUUAAGGACAUGGCAACGGGGAAAUCUAAAGGCUAUGGCUUUGUCUCCUUCUUCAAUAAAUGGGAUGCAGAGAAUGCUAUUCAGCAGAUGGGCGGCCAGUGGCUUGGUGGAAGGCAAAUCAGAACAAACUGGGCAACGAGAAAACCUCCAGCUCCAAAGAGUACAUACGAAUCAAACACCAAACAGCUGUCUUACGAUGACGUGGUCAAUCAGUCCAGUCCCAGCAACUGCACCGUGUACUGUGGAGGUGUCACUUCAGGCCUGACAGAGCAGUUAAUGCGCCAGACCUUCUCUCCAUUCGGACAGAUAAUGGAAAUCCGAGUCUUCCCAGAUAAAGGCUACUCCUUUGUACGGUUUAAUUCUCACGAGAGCGCCGCACACGCCAUCGUUUCUGUCAAUGGGACAACUAUAGAGGGCCAUGUGGUGAAGUGCUACUGGGGGAAGGAGACGCCUGACAUGGUCAGCCCAGUGCAGCAGAAUCAAAUUGGAUAUCCUCAGGCUUACGGGCAGUGGGGGCAGUGGUAUGGCAACGCACAGCUGGGGCAGUACGUGCCCAACGGGUGGCAGGUCCCCGCCUAUGGGAUGUACGGGCAGGCGUGGAACCAGCAGGGCUUCAAUCAGACACAGUCAUCAGCAGCGUGGAUGGGAGCAAACUACAGCGUGCAGCCCCCACAGGGGCAGAAUGGCAGCGUGCUGACAAACCAGGCCGGGUACCGAGUGGCAGGAUUUGAGACACAGUGAGAACCCAACGCUGCAGCUGGGUGCUGGUGGGGCUCGAGCAGCAUCACAAAGAUGUGUCAGAUCAAGUCAGUGCAAGCAUCAGAUGCAAUGUAUUUAUUUAAGAGAGAGAAAGAAAGAAAGAAAAAAAAAAAUUUUUUAAUCGUGAAGUUGUCAUCCACGUUGUUUAAAAAAAACAAAAAACAAAAAACACAAAAAACGAGAUGCUGGAUGUCUGCCAACCAUUGCCUUCUUUUCCUCUUUUCUAGAUGUGUUUCUUAACGAUCCACUGUUGAAACACAGCAAAUUGCAGGGACUACUGCCACUUAAACUUGGGGGCAGCAAAUUGCACAAUGUCAAACUUGUUGUUUUGUUGUUUUUGUUUUUGGUUUUUUUUUUCCUCGGGAGCAGCGUGCGGUUGUGGUUUGCAUUCCGAACGAUUUACAAUGUAUUAUAAAAGCUGUUGUACAAAAAAAAAAAAAAAAAAAAA